AUGGCACUUUCAGAAGAAAAUAAUUGGGAAAAACACUUAGAAAAAUUGCCUUCAUAUAAGGAAUAUAAAAAAUUGGAUGACUUGGAUAUUAAGGAUUAUAGCGAUAAUUACUGUGAAAAAGAUUUAGGAAGCCCGAAGAAAGAAGAUAAAGAACUUUGUAAUAAGGUAUCGAAGCAUUUAAAAAGAUUAUCUGGUAUAUCUAAUAAUGAUGAUCGUAAACAUGGCUGUUUUUAUUUUCAAUACUGGUUCUAUGAUCAGAUAAGCAAAAAMURKARWGCUGAUAAUAAAUUUAAUAACAAAACAGUUAGUGAUAAAUUUUUUGAUUUAGUGGAAUUAAAAAUUGGGGAAUUUCCUAAUUUGCAAUCUUGUAAAUGUUAUGUAUCUGGGACACCAGAAAUCUGGAAAGAAGAAAAAGAUUUGCACGAUUAUUUUGAAAAUUACAAAGAUAUUAAUUGCACUAAUUCUGAUAAGUCUACGUGUGAAAAAUAUGCGCGUUAUGUUACCUAUAUUAAUAAUUUAUUUCAAAAUAAGGAGUAUGAUUGCUGUUAUGACGAGGAUGUGGAACUUGUUUGUGAACCUUAUAUCAAAUGUGAGUAUAAGACCAGACCUGAUGAUCUAUUACCAAAAUUACAAAAAGAACUAAAGGCUUUGGAAGCAAAACCAGCGGAAGUGCCUAAAGGGGAUGUAGGGGUAGUGGGACCAGGUGAGAGAGCAGGAAGUGGAGUGGCGGGAAAUGGAAAGGUAGGACCUGGAGAUCUAGGAAGUAAAGAUCCAGGAACUGCAGAUCAAGGAAGUAAAGCGGGAGGACUUGGGGAUCCUAGCAAUAAAGCUGCAGGACCUGGAGAUACAGGAAGUAAAGAGGCAAGAACUGGAGAUGCAGGAGGUGAAGCGCCAGGAAAUGGAGAUCAAGGAAGUAAAUCGCCAGGAACUGCAGAUCAAGGAAAUAAAGCUCCAGGAACUGGAGAUCUAGUAAGUAAAGCGGAAGGACCUGGAGAUCCUAGAAGUAAAGAGGCAGGAGCUGAAGUUCAAGGAAUUAAAGCGGAAGGAGCUGAAGUUCAAGGAAGUCAAGUGGCAGGAAGUAAAGAGGAAGGAAGUGAACAGAAAGGACCGGGAAAUACAGGAGGUGAUGUAGCAAAACCUGCACCUGUAAAGCCUGCUACUGCAAAACCUGUAGCAGCAAAACCUGUAGCGACAGUACUUGGAGGGACGGAAUCUGGAGAGGGAACACCAGAAGCACUAAAACCUGCAGCGGAAACACCUGUACCUGCAAAACCCGUAGCGGCAAAACCUGCUCUGGCCGAACCCACACAAUUACCAGCUGCGCCACCUCCACCACCAGAACCUAAAGAGACAGUAGAUGAACCGGGAGUACCUAAAGUGGCAGUGGAUGAAGAAGAACCUGAAGAAACAGCAGCUGAAAGUGAAUUAGCUGAAGAGGAAGCACCAGAACUUCUAGACGGUGAAGCGUUAGUCACUUUGGAAGAUGCAGCAACCUUUAGUCCUCCAUCAAUAGAGGGCUCUGUAGAGGCAGUUCAUGCAGCACCAUAUUAUACUCCUGAACGUGCAGGCGAUAUGGUGCCUCUGACCAAUUCUGAAGCCACGAGUACUUUAGGAACUAUACAUGAAGAGUUAGACUCAAACUUUUUUCGCAACAUCAUCAUGGCCAUCGCAGUACUUGGAACAAUUUUCUUCCUUUUCUACUACAACAGGUCUUCCCGAUUGGAACCAAAUUCUCGGAAAAAAAAAAAGAAAAAGGGAAAGAUAUUUGAACAUAAUUACUAUGAACAGUAUGAAAAGGAGUUAGAAAUGUAUGGAUCUGAGGAAACGUUUUUAGAUUCUGAAACGGAUCGAUUAUAUUUGAAUUAUCACCCUGAUCAAGACUCUUACUACUAA